GCUGGCAGUUUUGGCGGUAGGUAAAUAAGAAUGGCGGAAUGUUGACAUCGUGAGCCGGCUUUUGUGUUCCAAAAAACUUAGAUAACCAGUGGAAAAUGCGGCUCAUCUGCGUGAUUGCGGCGUUCAUCGUGUUCGGCAGCUCGUCGGACGGCGCCAAGCUGAACAAGCCGCGCGUCCUGCUGCCCCUGUACAGUCAGUUUCCCAACAAUUUCACCCUGCAGGUGGACGACGGCGGCUGCUACAAGUGGAGCACCAAAAACCCAACGACCAUCCAGCUGAGCGUGACGGACCCUGUGCCGCCGAGGGGCUGCUCCUCGCAGGCGGUGGUCAGCGCCGUCACGUCUGAGGUCGGCAGACACACGGCCAUCAUCAUAGCAGAGGACAUCAACUCAGGCGAGGUUCUGCGGUGCGACGUGAUCGUUGACUCCAUCGCCUCGCUCAACAUCGUCACCACCACCAGGGAGAUCUUCAUCGAGGAGGCGCCGGAGGUGUUUGAAGUCCAGGCUUACGAUGACUUGGGAAACAAAUUCACGACCUUGGAGGGAUUUGCCUUCGAGUGGAAGGUGCGGACGGUGUCAAAACGCGUGAAGGACUCGAGUCUGGCGCCCACGGUGAUUCGGGUGCUCAAAUUUGAAGACUCGCACUACAAGACCCCUUCCGCGAGCUUGGGAGAGAUCGAGAGAAUCGGUCUGCACGGCAGCCGCGUCCUGCUCUACGGCGUCAGCACCGGACAGGCCGAGAUCUCUGUCUCGCUGGCGCAGCCGCAGUACCAGAAUGUGCGCCCAGCGCCCUCGGUCGUGCUCGCCGUCGUCGCGAACCUGCUGCUCGACCCCCUUGACACCCUGCUCAUGCCUAAUACAAAGGUGCGGUACAGUUUGGAGCUGGUGCGUCACGGGCGUCAAGAGAGGCUGCCACUACCUUCGGAGCAGUACCAGUUGGAGGUUGAAGACGCCGCUAUUGGCACUUUGCAGUCGGACGGCGUGAUCGUGGAGGCACUCAAAGUUGGCAAAACCCGAGUCCUAUUGCGAGACCUGAACGCCGUCGAUGAGGAGGAGGCACGCACCACCUCAGCCACGUUGCGCGUCGCCAACCCUGCUGCCCUUGACAUCGAAAUCCUACCCCAUAAGAGUUCCUACCUGAUUGCCGGGCGAAACUACGAGCUGCACGUGAGCAUUCUGGACUCAAACCGCCACGUCUUCCACAUUGGCGAGGGUCUCGUGAUUGAUAUCAACGUGGACUCCGAGUUCUUCUCGAAUGACAGGAAACUGGCCAGCGCUCAGUUCGGAAAGGCUCUGCAGAUUGGUUCUGUGCCGGUUACGGCCCGCCUGCCAAGCUCUCAGUUCCCUUUGACAGCCCAGAAGCAGCUCAUCAUCAAUGAGCAGGUCACUGUCGUGCCUGAAGUCACCUACCUGCCCUGGUCAAAUGUACCACAGUCCUACGAGAUCAAGCUGCAAGUCUCUGCCAGAACUGGUGACAACAGCGCUGCGGCUUUUGUUUGGCAAAGCAGAACCCUUCGUUACGCGACCGUAGACCAGGAAGGUGUGGUUACGACCCGCACCUCCGAACAGGGCGCCUCCAACAUCUCGGUUGCCCUUGACAAGGACCCCUCCAACGUCGCCUUCGCCCAAAUCAGGUUCCUGCCGCCGUGCAACCUGAAGAUCGUGGGCCGUUUGGCGCAGGCUGAGGUGGGCACCACCCUGCACCUGCCGGUCACCUUGCAGCUGUGCGACAAGAAGGGCCGUCCCGUGCACGCCGCCGACUGCAGACACGUCAAGUUCAACGUCGAGGCCGGCGGUAGCGUCUACCGCCAAGAGCAAGCACGCAACGGAGCCCCCCUUCCCACGUCGGAGUCGUGCGCCACCAUUCCUUUGUCCUCGGAUACGCCCGUGAUGACCUCAGUGAGUGUGUCACUGCUCUUCCAGACCGAGGAGGGUGAAAUCCUCGAGCUCAAGGACACUGCCAGCGUCAGCUUCUACAAGCCGCUCAGGGUGGUGCACCCUGAGUCGGCUCUGACUGUCCUCGCGCCUGGAAGUUCAAGGAACAUCGUCUUUGAGGGUGGACCCAGGGCCAUUGCUGGACAGGCCGAGCUCAGCCGCAAACUCACCUUCACCAAGCAGGGACUCGCUCAGGUGUGGGAUCUGGACAAGAGCAGCGUGAACUACGUGUUGGUGCGCGUGCAGUGUAGCAGUGUUGGCACUACAGAGCUGCACCUGCUGCUGGGCGCUGGGAAAGACGGCUCGGCCACCGUGCCGGCCAGGGGAAUCGUGACCGUCGUUUGCGCCUUCCCUGACUCGCUGGCCCUGACGCCAAGCCUGACCCUGCCUGACUACGACACGUGCGAGAUCGCUGCCGGCACCUACGUCUCGCUGAUUAACAAAGACUUUGACGUCGUGCUCAACGCCUUUGAUAAACAAAACCGCAGGUUUGACAACAUCUCGAGUCUCCAAGUCGAUUGGGAGACAAGUCCAAGCGACGUUGUCGAGCCCUUGCCGUCUGCCGCUUUCGACGCCUCAAACCAUGACGAGACAUACGGCAUCUCGCUGCCAUCUCCUUCCUACCACGUCAUCAGGCCGCUCGGACAGAGCCAGGUCCUCACCCUCACUGUGGUCUUGCACGCUGAAAAGGCGAGGAUCAGCACCAAGACCUCAGUUUUCCUGAUGGAGGACAUUCAAGUGUCACCGGCCAGCCUGACAAUCUACAACCACACUGGCAAACCGAGCAAAAUCAAGAUUUCCAAAGGAUCCAACUCGUACCAGAUCAGCAUCCUUGAAGGGAAAGACGUGGCCGAGAUCGCAUACAAAAAGUCCAGGAAGUCCGUGGAGGUUAUAGCGAAAAAGCCAGGUCGCAUGCAGGUGUCGAUCGAGGACGGUUGUCUGCCCAAGCAGGCGCGCACGGCGGCCGUGGCGGAAGUGACAGUUUUGGGCAUCGGCAGCGUUGUGGUCACCAUGGCGUCGCAGGUGCAGGAGGGCAGCACCGUCGAGGGCAGUCUGCUGGUGCUGGGCACCGACGGUCGGCAGAUGACACCGCCGGCCGCCGUGCUGGUCAAGCACGCCGAGGACGCCAGCCGCAUCAAGGUCGUCCUGUCUGAGGUGUCGCCCCUCAAGUUCCACGUCACUGGGCUCAGGCUCGGAGAUGCUGAGCUCAAGUUCGUCGUUGACAACGUCCACAGCCAGCCGGCAACCAUCCACGUCUUCCCUCCUAUUAAGAUCUGGCCAAGCGACCUGGUCCUGGUGCCCGGCUCAGUGAUUCAAGUCUUAGCCAAAGGCGGUCCAAAAGUGCCAGACGGCGUGCUGGAAUUCUCCUCCCAAUCGCCAGAGAAGCCGUCGUGUCUGCACACGUCAACCGGCGGCCUUCUGGAGGCCCGUUGCAUCGGCCGCGGCAGCGUGAGCGUGCGUGCCAUGGCGCCGGACGGCAGCGUCUACUCGGAGGACACGGCCAGGGUCAGAAUCGUGGCUCUGAGCGGCGUGGAAAUCGUCGCGCCGACCACGGUGCUCGAGCAGGGCACCCGCAUGCCCGUCUACCUGCAGGGCAAGUCGGACACAGGCGAAAUCAUCUCGCCGUUCGUCGUCGCCACACUCAACGCCGUCUGCCAAUGGUCUGAGCACGGCGGACGACUCCGCAUCAAAUCAACAGACAGCGUUGGCUACGUGGACGCGGUGAACGUGGGCACUGCGGAGCUGUCGGCCGACUUCAAGCUUCCGCACGGACAGCCCAACACGUUCACCAACUUCAUCACGAUCGAGGUCAUCCCAGCACUGCGCCUGACCCUGCCAUCCGGCGCACCCUCUGCCGCACCGCUCCUCAUCGCUCCCUUCUCAAAGGUGCAGCUGGCGGCGACGAGCGGCAAGUUCUUCCUCGAGUGCGGCAGCGAAGGCGUGCUGUCCGUGUCUGAAAACGGUUUGGUGACGUCGCACGGCCCACUGGGACGCGGCUCCAUCGUCGUCUCUGACCAAAAGACCAACCAGAAGCUCAUGGUGGGCGUCACCGUGGUGCCUGUCGCCUAUGUCAUGGCACAGAGCUCCUCGCCGUUCAGCAGCUUCGCUCGAGGAAUGCAGACCCAGGUGAAUGUGAGCUACCACGACGGAAUCGGUCGCGAGAUCGUUGUACCGACAAACGAGCGAAACACAGAGUGGAUGUCGAGCCGUCCGCAAACGCUGUCCAUGUCGAACGGACGGCUGCAGCUGGGCGAGUCUGGCACCGCGGUGGCCGACAUCUGGGACGGCGCCCUGCACGCCUACCUCAAGAUCAAGGUCGGCCAGGUGAUUACACCCACUGAGCUGGGCCAGGGUGACAUCGUCUGCUACAAGACAAACCUCAAGGGCAGCUGGAGCACCCAGGGCGAGCAGCAAUCGCUGCACGUCGACCCUGAGUCGGGCUGGGCCACCGCCCUCGCGCCUGGAGACGCCAACCUUCACUUCACUUCAAAUCAAGGAGUCAGCACUUGGGCUGAGAUUCAAGUUCAGGAAGCUUCAAACGUACAGUUUGUACCUCCGUCGUUUCCCUCAUUCAGCUCCGCAAAUCCUUUCGUUGUCCACGUCCAGAUCAAGGGCAGAAAAGACGAUCGCAAGACUAGCUUGAUAGAGGGCUCUUGCGAGCCCCCACCCCUUGGGGUGCUUCGUAAAGCCGUCGAGUGCAAGGCGGCAUGGGAGGACGGCUCUUCAGAUGACAGCCUCACCGCCGAGCCUGGCUUCGACUUCAGGAGCGGCUACCACACGUGCGAAGUAAAGGCAAGGUCUACUGCGCGCUCCAAGGUCGUCGUGUUGAUGGCCUGUCUGGUCGGCGCCAACAAGUGCACCGAAAAGCUCGCCGUCACCUUCUUCAGCCCGGUCGACAUCAACGCCAACGAGCUCAUGUUCUUUUCCCAAACCGCAGAACUCGUCAUCAAGGGACCUAGCCAGGCACUCGCCAAGAUCAAGAUUGAGCCGGUUCCAGAGGUGGAGAUAGGGUAUCCUCGACAAUUGUCGCCAGACACAAUCGCCUAUACAGCGCAGCUCACGGAAGCCUUCUGGGCCGUGAGCUCCAAUCGAGCAUAUGGACAAAUUCUGCUUAAAAUCCACUCCCCCGUCACAGGACAAAACUUAGCCCUGCCAGUUGCGUUGGAUAGUUCGAACGCGGACCCGCCCUCCUGCCCAAGCAAGUUGUCUGUGCUGCCCAGCUUCUGGGACGGCAUUUACUACUACCGCACCGAGAUCGUCGGCACCCUCAGCGUGAUCAUCAUGAUAGCGGCCAUCUCAAAUCUCUACUUCGCCAACAACAGCUACAGAGGCUACGUGCCAGUUCCGGACCAGGGACAAAGCAACUCUCCAUUCCUGUCCCGCAGCACAUCGUCGUCAAACGGCAACGCAUCCUUCCAAUCUCCACUGACCCCUGGUCAGUACGCAUACACGGGCAACGUGUACGGCAACCAGACGCUGGACACGACGUGGAACAGCACUCCAGGCCGGCGUUGAUCACGUGAGAGGCAACGGUUGUGCUCGAAAAGUGGCCUUUGCUUUGCGGACUCGCUCAUUGACAAAGAAGUGAUAGUUUUAAGAGACACCCACCUUGCUUCAGAGUCGUGCCAUAAUUGUGUGGCGAUUUUUUUUUUGUUCAUGUUUUUAUUUCCUCAUCUGCUCAUCGCAUUUUUUGAUUUUCGUAGCGAAAAAAUAAAAUACGUUCCUAUUGCAUCUCCACUAGUACCAACUUUGAAUAUUGAUUGUGAAUUAGCAACCGAACCAGGGACAUAAUUUUAAUACUACAAAAGUGGAGCUGUGAUAACGCCAUGAUGUGUUAGUCGUUAAGAAGAAGUCGUCGAUUGUACUUAAGGAGCUGUUAUCAUCAUUUUUGUACGAACAAAUCUGCCAAGAAUAAAUAAAGCGAAAAGAAACUCGUUCACUCAUUGAUAAA